GUUUAAUAUUUCGAGUUCGUCGAGUUUUUACAUUUGAAGAUCAUGAAGAGAAAAUUAAAUAUAUGACUUUUGUCUUGGGUUCAUGGCUUGGUUUUUUUGGGAUGGAAUCUCAAAUCUAAUAUUUUUAAAUCAUCACAUAUUGGUAUAAAUAUAAGAAACUGAGGUAACAAAAGAAUAAUGUUUAGAGGGUCAUGACUGGCUUUUAUUUUGCCACAUAUUUUUGUUCCCUGAGCAGCAUUUACCAAAAUCUUUGCUAAAAUUCUACAUCAGGGACAAUUAUUCAAAUUAUUAUUAUAACUAUUAUUAGGUCAAUUUUCUAUUCCGAUCUUUGUGGUGUGUUUUUUUGUAUAUGUUCUUCAAUCAUUUAUCUGAGUUAUUUUGAGAUCAGAUUAUUCACAGUUGAAUUCAUCAAAUUAAAUCCUCAGAUUCCAAAAUUUCUAAACAGUGACCAUUAAUGUUGGAUUGUAUAAUUUCAAAACAGUGUUUACUUGUGUGUGUGUAUGAUGAGGAUGAUGAUGCAGGUUGCACUGAUGAUGUCACUUAAAUGGAUUUGGUCCAGAUCUCUGGUAUUUCUACUCAUGAUUUCAGGAGUUGUGAUUGCUGGACAGGAGUGGAGUGUGAAUUACACACAAAACUCUAUCUGUGCUGUAAGGGGGUCUACAGUGACCGUGGACUGCAGCUACGUGUAUAAUGCGACUAAUUCCACAGUUCAAGAACCUUUUUGGAGUAAAAAAUUGGAGGGGUCUUUAGCAACUCAGCGGGUUCCAAAUGUCAAAAUUACGCCACGCAAUUGCAGCCUGAAACUGAAAGAUGUUACACACGACAACGAAGGGAAAUAUUUCCUCACAUUACGAGCAUCAAAUGGAAAACGGUUUCAAAGCAAAGAAAUCGAGAUUUCAGUCACAGGGCUCCGAGUGGAGGUGAUUCCUGCUAGUGUGAUUGAGGGAAAUGAAGUCUUUCUUUCAUGUAAAACCACCUGCAAUCUGACAAGCACUCCGAUGUUCGCCUGGUUCAAAAAUGGUACCCUUAUACCCUCAAUCUCCUCCUCUAACCCUCUCCAUCUGUCAUCGGUCAGUCAGGAGGACGUAGGCGAUUACCGCUGUGCUGUUCAAGGACAAAAUUAUCGCUCUCCCGCUGUCACUUUCGAUGUUCAAGAACACCGGAGAGUUUUCCCUUUAGUUACUGGAAUUAUCAUCAUCCUUGUGGUUGCAGCUCUUCUAGCUGGACUCUACUGUAUAAGGAGGAGGCGUCAGAAGGCUUCUGAUCCCCUGACGAGUUCCUUGCAGCUGUCACAACAGAAUGCUGUCGAAGACCUGUACAUUCCUCCUGACCCCAUAUCCAUGUCCUCCAAUGACACGUACAGCACACUUGCAAAUAUUUACUCUAGUCCUACUGAUGACAGCAAUGCACCUAUGGACCAUCAGACAAGGAUCUCCAGUGACACAAAUGACACAUUUGCAAACGAUUACUACAAUCCUACCGAUGGCACCUACAUGAAUAUGGAUCUUCAGGCCGCUGACAUGGGUUCUGCUGAUGACACGUACACAGCUCUGGACCCUCUGUCCAUCUCACCUGAUUACGACACUUUAACCACUGUGAGAAAUCAACAGUGAAAUCCAACGUCCACCUCCACAUCGCGUCAAGAGAAAGAAACGAUGAUGAAAAGCACAGUUCUGUUUUCCAUAACUCGAGCAACAUUGACUUGAACUGGGUGGAGAGCGAGCGUUUUACAUACAUUCACAAUAUUGUGCAAUAUGUUGUAUGCGGUGUUAAAAUUUUGAACUCUUGUGUCUUUCAUGUGUAGUUUGCUUCCCCCUUCUCUACACUUUUCUUCUUUUUAUUAGUUUAUUCGUGAUUCAUUUAUUGUGAUAGAAGAGUAUCUGCAAGAAUGAAAGGGAAAGUUUAUAAGACUGUGGAAAGACCUGCUGUGUUGUCUGGUUUAGAGACAGUGGCGUUGACUGAAAGACAGGAGGUGGAGCUGGAGGUAGCAGAGUUAAAGACAAGCUGAAAGAUUUGUGAUUCUUUUGUUGUUAGAAAUGUGCAUUUGAUGUUUUUCUAUUUAAUUUCACACAAUAAACUUAAAAAUGAGUUACAAACUGCAUCUGAAACCAGAAUCCAUUAUGAAGAGUCAGACAUCUACAUAACUAAAUCCUGAACCAUCUAGAGGACACUCUAGAUGUCGUACCAGCACCAUUUGGAUUCCACUCUGGCAUGGAGAAGCUGGUGUUGGAGAUAUGAUCAUCUCAGAUGUUGAGCUAUUUUAUAAGUUGCUUGGUAGCUCCUAGUUCCAGAACUUCAACUGACUGUUGAGACUGUAAAAAAGAAAAUACUCAUAAUCACACAUGCUGAUAUUCAUGUUAGUUCUCACUCUCCAGUGUUCUCUAUUGUUUUAAAGAUUUAUUAUCACACUCUUGAUAUCACCCA